AUCGAAAAAUGCUACGAGCACUCAUGCGGCGAGAGAGGAAAGUCAAAAAACCAUGGAAGUAACAGUGGGAAAAAUAAAAAAAUAUAUCCACCCGAUAGGGAGGAAAUAGGAAGAGCAUCCUGGCUAGUCCUACACACCAUGGCAGCAAACUACCCCAGCGAACCAACGGAGCAAGACAAAAAAAAGCAUUUCGAUUUUUUCGACUCCUUUUCCAAU